GACCACCGUCAGCAGUGAGAGAACCGUGAAGCCAGUUCAGUUGUCCCUCGGCUGGGAUAGAACCAACAUCUGAAGCGAGACUGUUCUCGUCAGUGGCGCGAUCUUACGACGUAAUUUAAAAGCUUGCCGGCGUGCUUCAACACGACUAGACGCAGAACUUGUGACAAUUUCGGAUUUAUCUGUACAAAACUCCUAAAGUGUUAGUGUGUGUGUAGACUUGUGCAGUUUUCUGUUAUUGUAUAAAUCGUCACAAAUUUUAGUCGGUUAUUAAUUUUAUUUUGUGUAGGUGAAGAACCGCGCGAGAUAACACUCAAGUUUUGUCAACAAGUUACAGCGCAUCGCUGUUUGUGAGAAGAGAUUAGCUGGUCGACUACAGAAAUAACUUCUGAUAAGUGGAUAGUGGUGAACAGAAGAUGCUCAUCUGAGAUUUAAGCAGUGAUCAGAGAAUAAAAUUUCUAUUAUCCAAGAGCUCCUUGCAGUCACUUCCUCCUGGAAAUGGAUGUCGUCAACGAUUCGCAGCUCAUCUUUCAAAAAUGAAUUGACCCAUGCCUACCGGUCAGCAAAAAAUGUGAGUUGUGGGCCAACACAUGUUUUGGCGAUCCACAAUCGUCCUUGUCUCCUUCAAUUUUGAACCAAUCUUCGAUAGAAAACACUGAAGAGAGAAACAGAGAGAUAAUAAAUAGAGUAUCUGUGUGUUGGUGGACAGAGAGUGAUGAGGGAGAGAGAGAGGGAACAGUGACGACACAGUGGCUGGAGUGAUGCCAAGGGGAACAGGGAGCAGAGUAGGAAGUAGGGAUGGAUCAACUAAUUCCAAGCCAGUUAUAUACCGCGUCAACUAAGACUGAGUGCUGCCCAAAUUCGCCAAGCUGCCGUGAAAACAAUCGUCUUGUCACUAGAUCUCGGCUCGUUUUCAACUAAGUGUCAAAAUUGAAGUGUCACUAAAUCCAAUAUCGCUUUCAACUUAUGUGAAAAUUGAAGUGUCACCGAAUCUAGGCUCGUUUUUCAACUCAAACAUCUUGAGUUCUCACUUCACCUGAAGUGAAUUCGAGUUAGUUUUCAACUUCAUCUGAAAACGUGGUAUAAUAUUAUCUGAUAACGUAUAAUUUAUAAAACGUGCAAAAUUAUUGUGGAUAUCUUGAUCAGUUUACAAGUUUAUGUGUCAGAAAAUAUAUUUCACAAUUGUGUUCGAUAAUCGUAGAUUGACCUGUGAAUAAUUGAAGAAUAAGUGAUCAGAGAAAGAGAUAAGUAAAUUAACGUUGACUUGAAACAACGUGAUAAAGUUAAGCCAACUUGUGUCAAUUUGAAAAUCGUUUCAACCUGGAUAACUACCACUGUGUUUUUUCCAAAAAUUUUUAAAAAGAAAGUAUCUCGAAAUACUCGGACACGGAUAAAGCGUUCUAUAUCUGUGAACUGAUAACAAAUUCGCAUCAUUUUUUGAGUGGGGAGUUAGUAUUUGAAAGUAUUGGGAAAAAUUGAUAUAAUAUUGUAAUAUUGACUGAGGUCGAAGAGGAUAAAGUGGACUAGUCAAAUUCCUAAUUCAGUUACCAGAUUGAGACUUGAUUCGUUUAAAAGCAUUCUCACAUUUCAUUGAAAAUUGGCGGCUAUUAUUUCAAAAGUGAAGAAUACCAGUUGAGUCUUCGUAUCUGAAUAAAAGUUAAUUGAAGUUAUUUGAAGAUCGUAAAAUUCGAAAGUACAUUUUCCAAUCAUUGAUCAAGCCAUAUUCUCCUCAGUCCUUCCAAACUUCCUUAAUCUAUUUAACAAGAAGUGCUUGUGAAUAGUGCAAUCUGAACGAGUCCUGGCAUUGUGUUCUCAAUAAGUUCCUAUUAGGUAGCUUGAAACUUAACUCAGAUCUUCAAUAAAAUAAAUUGAACAUUUUUUUGUUUGUAUUCAAUUGCUUUUCAAUUCACAAUAUUGUUAGGCAGCUUUUUCAUAUAAAGACUGAUAGAACUCUAUGAACUAUUUAUCGAAUUGAACACCGAAACCUCUACCAUAAAAAUCUACACAAUCAUUACAAGAAACAAAAAACUCCCAGAAGACUUAAAUCAAAGAGUUCUAAAAGUUUAAAAACGUGAAUCUAGUGCUCAGUUCAAGUGAAUCAUUGAACUCGCAGUUCCCAUCGACAAAAACGUUUCAAUCUUGGAGUAUUCUCAUCGUUGGUGAUAUCAUAUAAUCUGUACGUUAUACACUGAUCACAAACAAAAUUCAAUAGCAAUACUGUAUGGAUUCUCCCCAUAUCUGUAGUGUUAUAAAAAGAUACACCUACAAAACAAGCUCAGUCGACACAAUUUGACUCUAUAAAUUUUGGGUUUUUUUGUGAAGAUAUAUCAGAACAGCAAUCAAAACCGUCCCCAAAAUUAAUGGGACAACUGGAAGUGUACAGGCAUCAUUAUCAGAAGUUUGACAGUUUUCCAGUACCAGAGGAGCAAAUCUGUUGUGGGAAAUACAGAGAGUUUGUUUUAGUAGUGGUGAAGAAUCAAGUUCUCAGUGGAUAUUGUUUGUUCAAGUGUGAACCAACGGCGUUGUCAUUUGAUAAGUGUAAAUUCUCCCCGCCACCUGAAGAAAGAACGUUCGGUUGCAAGGCGGUCGGCAACAGAUGGAGCAAACGUGUCCCGGCAACUGGAUACAGAAAACGCUUGUGUAUCAAAUCCGGUAGACGAGACAAGUCGGCCGCGUCUAUCAACAACAACAAUAGCUGCAGAGCUGUGGGACUGUUAUCAGCGUAUGCUCUGUCUUAUCUAUCGGAUAAAAAGAACGUGGUCAACUCUUCUCCCCCCUCUACAAGUGGCCAAGAUGCUGACUUGACAAAAGGCACGGUGGCAGUAGCUAAGCAGCGCAGGCGGCUUCACUGUUCAGCGAUGAAGCUGAGGGAGCGGUUAGUGAUUGCGUUUAGUGUGUCAGCGGUGUUGUUCACACUGCUGAUCGUGGUGGACUUGCAGCUCGACUUGGGGAUGUCGGGCCAACACCUGGCACCCAGUCAUGGAAGAGUAAGAGUGGGUGACGGAGGUUACGACGCUCCCGGUACAGCCUUCAACAACCUCCGCCGAUUCCUACAACGGUCAUCCCUCAAUGCUUCAACGGAACUCCUCCAAUCCGCCCCCAAGACCCAUCAGGCCCCUCAACCGCAACCCUACAUCCACACGGGCAGCGACAUGCCGGGGGUGGCAGCUGACCACGGGCACAAGGCGGAGCGGAACGUGGCCACCAAAUCGCCCCUGGAGGCGGUGGUUGCCGCCUCCGAGUCGCACACCGAGGAGCACGAUUCUUUCUCGGAUGUUGUGGCGUACAUGGUGAAGGCGGGGGCGGCGGAUGACAGCCAGGGCGAGUAUGACAUCGUCAAGUACGACGAGAAUGUCACGCCCGAGGACAAGGAGAUCAGUCUUAUGAAGAUCAACAAUGUGCAGCCAAGAGGGAACGAGACCCUGUUGGACUUCUUCCAUUAUGGAAUCACGAGGAGGCAACUGUACGACGAAAAAGAUUCCAUAGUUGAGCAUUUACUCCAGGAUUUGUCAACUCGGGAAAUCGUACACGUUGCUCAGAAAGAUGGAGGCACUCAGAUAAAACUUGUGAUAGAUUAUGGAAAUGGACAGCAGGCACUGUUCAAACCUAUGAGAUUUCCUAGAGAACAACAAACGUUACCAAACCACUUCUACUUCACUGACUACGAGAGACACAAUGCCGAAAUCGCUGCCUUUCAUCUAGACAGACUGCUGGGCUUCCGACGUGCGAUGCCAGUGGUGGGUCGAGUUCUGAACAUGACGACGGAGAUCUUCGACAUCGCAGACGGCCCGCUGCUGCAGACGUUCUUCGUGUCGCCGUCGAACAACAUGUGCUUCCACGGCAAGUGCUCCUACUACUGCGACACCAGCCACGCCGUCUGCGGCAGUCCGGACAUGCUGGAGGGCAGUUUCGCCGCCUUCCUGCCGUCCCGGGAGUUCGGCAACCGCAAGGUGUGGAGGCACCCCUGGAGGCGCUCCUAUCACAAGCGGAGGAAGGCGCAGUGGGAGCAGGAAUCAGACUACUGCAACCUGGUGCGGGACAUCCCGCCGUACGACACGGGACACCGUCUGCUCGACAUAAUGGACAUGUCAGUGCUCGACUUCCUGAUGGGCAACAUGGACCGCCAUCACUACGAGACGUUCCGCGCGUUCGGCAACGAGUCGUUCACGCUGCAUCUCGACCACGGUCGGGGAUUCGGCAAGGCGUUCCAUGACGAACUGUCCAUACUUGCUCCCAUCAUGCAGUGCUGCGUCAUACGUCAGUCCACGCUCGACACGCUCAUCAGGUUCCACAACGGUCCAAAGCGUCUCUCGCAGCUGAUGCGGGAAUCGCUGGCCAAAGACCCUCUGGACCCAGUGCUGUGGGAGCCCCACCUGGAGGCUCUCGACCGCCGCGUCAAGAUCAUACUGCAGGGCAUCAGGGACUGCAUCAACAAGGCCAACGACAAAGUCGACUUCUCAUAAUAUUGAGACGGCAGGCGACGACACACUGUGACCACCGCUCUCGCCUGCAAACCAACACAGAGACUCGAAAUCAAAUAUCCACUCACAACUUCCCCGAGUGGUUUUAUUUUUGUACCGUCGAUCUCUAAAUUCGUUACUCGUGCUAUCUAGUUAAAAAUGACGAUUACAAGCUGAUGAACAUUUCAUAAUCGUGGAGUGCAGUUUUUGUUCUCGAAAUUAUCAAUAGUUUAUUGUGUUAUUUAUAUUUUUUAAAUUGAUGACAAACUCGUAAAUUUCGUGAAGAGUAAUUUCUGAAUUUCAUAUGUUUUAAAUGUUUAAUUUCCUCCUCCUGUAGGCCUAUUAUCACAGAAGACAUUUUGAAAUAACGGUGUGAUGUUUGUCUUCUAAAUUCAUUUAUUUAUUUGUAUUUUUUAUUGUCUGCUAUGUUUUAACGAAAGAUAGUUGAAAAUAAUGUGAAGUGUAUUUUUUGUUUUCCAAUCGUCAUUCAAAUCAAUCGACUGUCUAGCUGGACGUCUACUUGAUUAUUUUCACUAUGGACAAACAGUUUAGAUUAGCCUCAGUUUUUGGUUUCUAAUUUACUGUUUUUAAAAUUCAUGUAUUUUUGGCUGGAAAUAUCUUCACUUGUAGCUAUUUCCAAUGAUGACAGCGGUUGGACUCCAACUCAGUGUCUAUUUUGUUAUCCAAAUUUAUUUCAAGCUAUAUUUUUUCCAGCUGCUAAUAUUGGCUACUCCAUUUUAGCCUUUAUUAAUGACGUCCGCACUUCAUCAUGAUUGUGUAAACUGUGUUUAUUAUUAUGAUUUCAUUAUCCAAAUCUAUAAUAUAUUUAUCUGCUGAACAUUAUCAACGAUUAUCUGCGAUUUGAAAACUCUGUCUAGAACAUGAACGUUUUAUCUAAUCAUAUAAUUAUUAGUUAUAAGAUUUGUGCAGCUUAUGACUUUGUAAGGCUUGAAGUGGGUUUAUUAACUUGAUUGUUAUCGAUGUUGUUACCAACCUCUGACUUUUAGAGGACUGUGUUUUUCGCUCUGAUAUCACUUACAUUUGCAAUUUUAUUUUGAUUCGGUUUUAAGAUUAUUUCCGAUUAUUUUACCUUUACCAAUGAGAUAGAUAAACCAGAAUUGAUUAUUGAUUAUAUUUUCAUAGCGAUAUCAAAUGUCGUCAGUGCUGGUAAUGUUUAUCAAUUUGAUUCAUUGAUUCACUUAGGUAGCCUUCUACCAAAGAUAAACGGACAUAACCAUCAAAAGAUUGAUGGAAUUCCAUUGCAUUUCAGAAUCUUCAAGCAAUUCAAUCAUGUUCAAGCCAUUUUAUAUUUUUUUAUCAUUUUUUGAUAGGUUUUUAAAGUUAUCUUGAAUAGUUCUUCGAAUUAAUUGUGAUGAUUAAAUUAUCAUUAAUAGUCUCUAGAAUCCACUUCUUGUGAGUUUUAAAAAUUCAUCACGAUAUAUUUUUCCAAGUUCUUUUUAGUAUUAGAAUAAAAACUUUUAUUUUGCUCUUCACUCAUUUGAAAAUUCUGGAAUCGCAUACAGUUAGUAUGGAUGAAUAGACUUCAAUCUUAUUUAAUUAACCAAUCCUUUAAAUAGAUUAACAUUUCUUUCUGACCAAUGAUUUCAUAGAUAUCGUUUAUUACUAAAUUUGUAUUAAUUCUCAGAUUAUUACAAUAUUCAAAGGUUGAUACCUUAAUACCUAAUUUUAUAUUGUCAAAGCUAACAAAUGAAAGAGAUAUCAGAGUGACUAGAAACAUAAACCAUGAAAAUACAUAUCCUAUGUGACUUAUAAUAUUAACCUCACUCUUUGGCUAGUAAUACAAAUAUGAUAUCGAAUACCAUUAUCAAUUUUAUAACUGAUCUUAUCAAGCUACAACCAAAGAUCAUUUAGACUGAUCUUAUCUAGUAAUCAAUAAUCAAUCAACUGUUGUGAAUCUGAAAUCAUUAUUCCAGUCCACACUCACCAAGAAUGAAUAUCAUGAAAAAAUAGUUUUCGAACUAAAAGACUUCAAUCAUUCAAUAAUUUUAUGCAGUGACAUUUUGUUUGUAUGUCUAUUAAUCUAAUACUUAAUUGAAAAACAAGGUACUACUCUUUUGAGAAUUUUAUAAAGUUACUGUUCUAUAUUAUGUAGGUCAAUAACAAAAUAAUUCAGCAAAAGUUGCAAAUUGAUCCACAUAAACUAGGUACCGUAAAAACUGAAAUUUCCAAGGCAAGACUUGCGUAAUGUCAUAACUCCAGAUUAGUUUCAAUAAAGCUUGAUUUUCAAAUUUCAAAAGUGAAAUUGAUUUUAUAAAGUAGAAAAAACAUUGAUGGAUAUAAUUUAUUAAGAGUGGUCUCCGUUUGUUCAAAAAAUAUUUACUAGAAAAUCACUAAUCACUCACUCCUGUUAAAGACUCACUAUCUCUGUUGUAACAAUCAAAUGAAUCCAUUGAAUCAAUAGAAAAAUUUAUGGAGCGGUAAAAUAAAAUACUCUUGAAUAAUAUCAUAAUUUAUUCAAAACAACUGAUCUAUUCAACGAUCCAGCUCUCAAAUUAUUCAGAAAAAGUCCCAGUUCUCAUCAAUUUCCUCUCAUUAGAAUGUGGAAGAUGAAUUAUUAGGUCAUUGCUCUAGUUGAACACUUUUUACGCUGUGAAUUCAAUUCUGAAUAAUAAUUGGGUUUUUGUUGGAUGAGCUAACGCGCGUGUGCAAAGUAAACUAUUCCCGAUUUCAAUUACGCUAAAAAUAAUAUUGAAAAUUCGCCGGUGACGAAAUCCCACUAUCAUCGCAAGCAAGCGGGUCUAUUCAAAUAUUGUUUUCAAUUAUUGUACAAAUUUUUGGAUGAUUCCAAGUUUUCAUUCAUUUGUAACACUGAAUAGAAGUGAAAAACUCAAAUUCAAUGUAAGUUAUUGGCAACUUUACAGAUUUGAUUCAUUCAUGGUUACGAAUUUUUCUAAUACUCAUGAUCUUCAUAAGGAAAACAAUGUAAUGAUCAAAAGAGAACGUUUAUAUUGCUAUAAAAAGAAAACUAUAUACAUAGCCGAACAUCGGAAAAAUAAUACUUUUUAGUAAACUCUCCUGAAUUUUCGUGUUGCUUAUUCAUGAUUUUUGUCAAUAUAAAUUUUUAAUGUUGAAAAGUUGGAAUAGAAGUUUAGAAGUUUUACAACUAAAAUGGUUAAUACACUGUUCGACCAUAAAAUAUUUUAAAUAUGGUAUUGUAUAGGAAGUGAGUAGCCUACUAUAAAAAUAGAAUAACAGAAACAAGAGAAAAAUAAAGGGCCCCGGAAUAAUCUUAUUCUAUUUCUUAAAUCUAGAUUUCCAAAACAAUAGUUCAAUACAACCAGAAACUUCAAUUUUUUGACUAUUUUAUUGAAGAAUUCAAUCACUUGAAUUCCAAUAUUUGAUUUUAAUGAAUAUGAAUACUAUAAGAAUGAAAUUCGAAGUUCGUUGUAGCUCCAUGUUAAACUUACAUACACAUCAAUUUUAUAUUUUCAUACUCCGUCCAUAAGUGCUUUCUCACUGGUUUUAGACAGCGUUUUAUAGAUAAAAAAUAAUUGUUUCUCUGUGUAGAUUGAAUCAUAUUGUACUUCUAAUUGUUAUUGAUGCACUGUUACAGUUCUGAAUAUAUAAUUUAAUAUGAGAUUCAGCCAAAGAGGUUCUAUAGGCUCUAAACCUGAAUCUUUCUGUCUGGUUAGAGUAUAAAGGUUUGAAAUGGUUAGUUAUUUCAUGUUUUUACAUCAAGUAGAAUUUGAUUGCCAGCCUAAAUCCUCUUAAUUUUCCAUAAUUUGAAUAAUUUGACUCUCCAAUAACUUAUCAACCAAUUUUCAAAAAUAAAUAAUGUUAUCCUCUGUGUAAUUUAUAAUGGAUGUUUUCAAUUUCAUUUGAUAACUUCAUUCAUAGUUUUAUUUCUAUUAUCUUGCCAGAGGAAUUUUAUAAUCAUUUUCUGUUAUUUAUCUCAUCUUUCCCUAUCAAUGGGUGUGUCCCCUGGCAAAAAUGUGUGUAAUUGAAUUUGUUCAUGUAAAUGUUGAAGAAUCGAUUUGUACCAUGUAAAUAAUAUACCAAAUACAUAUAUAUUUUACUAAAUAAACUAUUGUUGAACUAAGAUAGUUGAAAAGGGCGCUUGAUAUCGUUAUAAGAUCUAGAUCUAAGUUGGGAAAUUACUUAAGCUUACAAAAAUGAUGUUAAUGCUAUCACUAAACAUUGUUUUGAAUUUGGAUAUUUUGUUGUGUUUGGUGUAGAAGUCAUAUAUAAUUCCAUAACGUGUUAAAUGUUUUUGUUCUCUAGUCAUAUUCCACCAUGAAACAUUCACAUUAAUGUGAAACAUCGACCAUUAUUGUAAUAAUUUAGGGUAAAAUUUAUUAUGACCGAUUGUGUUGUAAGUUGAUGAUCAUAUUGUGUGUACAUGUGAACAUGCAUAAAAGUCUGAUUGACCUGAA